UCUUCGUAUAAGCUCUUGAAUGCGCUAUAAAAUCCGUUUUGCCGAGACGCAGAGAGGGAGAGACGCUGAGUGCAACCAUGGCGCAGGUUUUUAAUCUCAUCUUUAUUUUCUACGUAAGCAUUAAGUUAGCUGAAGAUGUGACUGCAAUGACUAUGACGGGAGAACCUGAAGACGUCAGCGGAUGUAAUUCAAAUCCUUGCCAGAACGGAGGUUUAUGUCAGGAAACAGAUGAAAACUACAUGUGUAUCUGUCCUCCAAAACAACAAGGGGAAUAUUGUGAAAAGCAUGUCCUGCUCAAUUGUGAUUAUGUCACAUGCCCAAACGGAGGCACCUGUGUGGAGACAGCGGAGUCAUUCAAAUGUGUCUGUCCGCCAGGUUAUACUGGGCCAUAUUGUGACAUGCCUUCUUGA